AUGGCAUCGACCAAGGCAUCGUGGCAGCACCACGUAGUUACGGCGGAUGACCUGGCCAGCGGACCGCCGGGCAGGCACGAGCAAUGGGUGCAAUUAGCUGCACGAGUGUUCCCCGAGCUAGGCACCGUCUCAAAAGCGAAACGCGCUCGGAAAGUUGGGAACUUGCUGUUUAACGGGGAGCCGCGGGUACCGACUCUCACCAGCGCUGGUGUGAACGACACCUUGGCCUACUUUAGUCCCGACAAGCAUAAGCAGUUGGUUGCUUCCAAUCGCGCAAAUGCAAACGACUGUGGGACACAGUCGUGGCUAAAUAGUUGCAUGACUCAAGGACUGCGUGUGGUCUACGAGUGCAGUAUCUUGGCGCUGGUGGUCAAGCCUGUCGGAAUCCACGUAAAAGGCCGGGGAAAGCGCACGGUAGAGCAGGCAUUGCCAUUGCUACUGCGGAAACAACAUGUUGACGCGGGGGACUUUGAACUGCCUUUACCUCAUGCAGUGCAUCGCUUAGAUUAUCGUGUGGGUGGACUGUUACUUGUAGCGAAGACCAGGAAGAUGGAAGUGAAGUUAUCAGCUCAGUUUGAGAGGCAUUCCGUCGCCAAGCAGUAUCGCGCGAUCUUGGUCGGAAAUGUUUUUGAUAAGCUCCCAGCAAGUGGUAGAAAUAGCUCUGUGGAUGGAUCGAUUGAGCUUCCCAGUGCACUCUUGGAGAUCCGAGACGAACUGCAGUUCCUGGAUGGUGAAAUCGACAGCAAGCCGUGUCUAACUGCGAUGAGAGUUGUGAGCACGACGCGAAGGUAA